AUGGCUAUGAAUCAAAUUCCAGGUCAUAACAUCUACGUUGGCGGAAUAUUCGCACUCUCAAAUAAGCAAGCACUCAAAAGGGCUAAUAUCACCCAUAUUGUUUCUGCCUUGAGGUUUGGUGGCAAUCAGGAACUUCUAAAAUCUUAUGAAAGUCAUUUGGUCGAGGUGGAUGACGUGGAUUAUGAGAACAUCUUGGAGCACUUUCCAUCCGCCAUCAGGUUCAUCCAGUCUGGCCUAGAUGCCGGUGGAAGUGUCCUUGUACAUUGUGCGAUGGGCAAGUCGCGGUCCGCAACCAUCUGCAUUGCCUAUCUACUCCAUCAACAACGCAGAAACCUCACACCGCAAGCUGCGCUGGCUCUGAUUCGAGAGGGCCGUCCGCUCUGCGAGCCGAAUGAUGGCUUCAUGAGUCAGCUAGAACUCUAUUAUGAAAUGGGCUGCCCAGACGAGGUUGAUGACCAUCCCCUUUACCAGCGAUGGCUUUACCGCCGCGACGUUGAAGACAGUGUGGCAUGUGGCCGUGCGCCGGAGUUAAGUUCGGUGCGCUUCGAGGACGAAACGUCCACUCCGGCCCAGAUCAGUGACAGUGACGGCAGCUCAGUGGAGAUCAAGUGCCGCAAAUGCCGGCGAGAACUAGCAAAAACGCCAUCCAUCAUCUCUCACGAGAAAGAGAAGCAUGAGAAUGCCAAGGCCAAGGUAUACACUGAAUGCGCCCACAUCUUCCUACAUCCUAUGAGGUGGAUGACAUCAAGUUUGUUUCCACAGGGCGAGGGCGAUGCGCCUUUGUCAGGCCGCCUUAUUUGCCCUAAUCCUUCAUGCGGGGCUAACGUAGGGAAAUUCGCCUGGCAAGGCCUGCAGUGCAACUGUAACCACUGGGUGGUGCCUGCUCUCGGUCUUGCUAAGGCCAAAGUGGAUAUUACGAAAAAGAGAUCCAGUAACCUGCCUCCAACAUCAGUGGGCAUCCGUAUGCCUCCAGGGAUGCGGCCUGCGGAGGGUUCGAAUAAUGGUCGAGGUAACCUUUAA